CCACGCUAUGCUAUGCCAUGCCAUACAGGGGGGCAAUGCUCAUCAUCUAAGCAUCUCCAUCCAUCCAUCCAUCGACCACCGUCUUCACACACUUGAUGACCCGCUCUCAGCACCGUGAUGCCCCUCCUUGACAGCAGCCGUACCCCCACCACUCGCAUCCCGCUCGUCUGCACCGCUGUGCUGCUUCCUGAGCCUGGCCUCGAGUGCUGUGUCGAUGCGCUCAUCACUCGACGCCCACAGCCACCACACAACACCAAUCAGAUAAUGAGCUAUGCACUGCACACACAGAUGCACACAGACAGGGGAACGACGAAGGCAUGUGCUGUGGAGGUCUGUAUGUGGGCGCUGCGCAUCCCUGCUCUCAUCACUCACUCCCUCACCAUAAAGAAGACCCAUCGCCACCUAUCGCCCACAGCCAUUCCCGCCUCCUCGCCCUUCCUCAAUAACCACCCCACAGUCGGCACCGAAACGAUCCCCCCGAGGUUGCAGAAUGUGUUGCUUGUCCCGUACAGCAGCCCAGCCAUCGUCGGCGCCAUGUCCAAGUGCAUCACAUUUAGCGCUCCGUACCCCAGUGCAUCGCUCCCAGUCGCCAGGGUGAGGAACAGUGUUGCGACGAGGGGCGAGGCGGCCUCGUAAGCAAGGCCCAGGAUGGCCAGGGCGGCCGUCAGCAUCGACACUGCCUGGAUGAACCGGCGCACAUGAAUCACGCGCCAUCUGGAUGGAGAACAGCAAAGGAAGCAAAACAGAGAUAUUGAUUGCCCAAUUAUUUUGUUGGCAGCGAGAAGGCACUGUCAACUAGCUCAGCUGCACACCAAUUUACCCUUUUCGGAUCAUCAUGUCGGCGAGCAGACCAGCGAAGGCACUGGCAACCGCCAUGGCCACAUAGGGCAGUGACGAGAAGAACCCCAGCUCUGCAUCAGAGACGGAGAACCGGUCGUUGAUAAACGAAGGAGCCCACGUCAUCAGCGCGAUCUGUGUGCGGAGGAAAAGAAAAGAAAGGAUCAGAACAAAGGUUUCAGACCGUUUCGUGUGGGCGUGCCGUUGGGUGCUCACCCUAGGUCCGCAGACAGCGUAAUGGCACCCGAGAAGAGCCCACACACUCCGAUAAGACAGCAACGCAAACCACAUCCGCAGUGUGUAACGCCACGUGUGCUUGGCAGCCUUUUGUGCAGGUGGACGCUCUCGUUUCCCCUCCAUCGCCGCCUUGAGCCUCGCUUGCACAGGCAGGGUGCGCGGAGGGCGCUUCGGGGAGUCCUUCCUCUCUCGCACGGGGAGUUUGGGGGCAUCCAACGAAAGAAGGCCAGUCCGCUCGCCUUUGCGCGGACUGUCGUCAGCGGCAGCAGGGCUGUCUUGGGAGUCCAUGUGGGGCCUGGUGGGGAGGGGUGGAGAGAUGGCGUCCUCCGACGGGACGGAGGGGACGGGCUGUGGACUCAUCAGCUCGUCGUCACUCUUGAGGCGAUUCACCUCAGUGGGGCUGUUGUCCUCUUGCACCUUGCUGCUGGAUGAUUCGGCACACGUCCGAGUGCUCUCGCUCAGACCCCUCACACGCACCGACAGGCCGUCGCGGAUUUCACUCUUAGCGGCAUCGCUAGUGGACUCCUUGCCGCCUAAAGAAAGCCCCGUCCAGAAGGGAAGCCACAGUAGCGUUGCGGCCGAGAAGAGGAAGAAGGGCAGGCUCCACUCAGGGAACCAGGUUUGCAACCAGCUGCUGCCUGUGUCUGCUGCUGCUGGUGGGACAACUUCCCCCUUCUUGCCGCCGACGAGAGGCGUGAUGAAGAAGGCGGACACGAGCCCCACGUACAAGGCCGAGUGCGGGAGGGCAGAGGCAACCGACAUGCUGGAGGGGGGGAUGUGCCGGCUGACGAGUGAGUGGAUGCUGGGAUACAUGGCGCCUUGCACAAGACCCAUCGCGACUCGAACAACAAUCAGGCCCCAGAGCCCAGAGUGGAGCGUCUGCAUUGCAUUCAGCGAAUCAAUGAAUCAAUGAACACAAUUGCAAGCACACACGCUCCUUCGCUUGUGUGUUACCGUCGAAGGUGUGGCGGCACCGAGCAGGGCACUGCCGACCACACUCACGGUCAGCACUUCCUUCGCAGAAUAGUCAGCCACAGAGCCGCCGAUGAUCUGCGUCGACACGUAGCCCCAGAAGAAGGCUUGUAGCACAAAGCCCUGCUGCUGCUUGUCCCAUCCCAUCGAGCCGCUCAUCGGAAUGAUGGCCGACGAAAGGAUCAUCCUCUGACACCACCACAAACAGCACAGCACCACAGCACUUGACGCAUGGAUCUCCCUCCAAUCACACACAACCUUUGUUGUGCGUACCUGCAGGAAGUUGAGGAACACGCCUAUGCACACAAGGCAGAGCAUCUUCACCCAUGAUGACGACAUUGGCGCUGGAAAGAUAAGUUAACGAUCAGAUCUCCUCCAGUUGCUUCCCUCUCAUCUGGGACCGAGCUCG